GGCAGUUUUUAUGUCCCAUCUGAAAACUGCAUGCACCACGCAUACAAAUGGCAUAAAGACCUCUGUCUUCUGCUCCUGAAUGCUCAAAGAGGACUUCACAUGUACUACACCCUCAUAAUGAAGGAGAUUCCUGAUUUACCACAGCUGAAAUUGGAGGAGCUAUCUGUGGAAGAGACGUUAUCUCAGCUUUGUACGGAGCUGCAGCUGCUGAGCAAUCCAGAGAAGAUAGCAGAACGGAUAAGCAAGGACCUUGCCUGGCUUUGCUCCCACAUUCUGGCCCUGUGGACCCAGUUCCUCGAGGUGACAACACUCCAUCCAGAAGUCACAGCUUAUCUGACUCAGGAACAUCACAUGCUUAGGGUGAGGAGAUUCUCAGAAGCCUUCUUCUACACCGAGCACCAGAAACUCGCUGUGCUAACUUUCCAGGAAGGCCUAAUACAAAGUCACGGACAGAUUUCUACAGAAAUUCGCAAUUCAGAGUACUUCACCAGCAUGCCCCCGCUUCCAGCAGAAUGCCUCGACAUAGAUGGGGACUGGAACACACUCCCAGUUAUCUUUGAAGAUAGGUACAUGGAUAUGCCUUGCAAAGAUCAGAAUUUGGAAGUUUUCCCAGAUUUUGAGGUUCCUGCAAAUACUCAAAUGGAUGUAAUAGAUGACAACGAAGAUUUUGCAUCAAAUGAUGCCACUUCAGUAAUGAAUGGAGACUUUGGGAAAGGUACUCUGCUAAUACACACAGACAGGAUAAACGGGAAACACUCUUGCAUACACAGCAUUACUGAAGAUGCUGUUUAUACAGCUAAGGGUUUAAACGGGCACUCCACAUCUCAGGUAUGUACAGCGAACAAAGAAGGCCAAAGGAAACCUGCAAAUAUUUUUGUUUCAAGUAAGGAAACUACUUCUAACUCAGACCCAGGCAAUACAGAAUGCACAUCGGAAGACUUUAAAACACCGGAAGAAAUUUUAUUAAAAGACAAUAGACAUGGGGCGGAUGUUACCUAUGGAGAUACGAAACCUAGCAAUAAGGAUUCCCACAAAAAUGAGCCCGUGUUAACUGUCAGUGCUCAGUAUGAUGUCUUGGAAGACAGGACUGAAAUACAUAAAGUAGAUGAGUCUAGUCAUCCCAAGAAUAAUUUCACUUCGUCUGAGCUUGCACUGGAUGAAUUAACCAGUCUUCAAAAAACAGGAGAUCCAGACACCAAGGCUCUGCUCCCUGUUUUGAAAGCUUUGCCUACACACAGCUUUGAAGUGAAAUUGUUCACAAAGGAGCAACGAGGUGAGGAGUGUGAAGAAUUUACCCCGAUGUCAGGGGUCAUAAAAAGAUCCUCCUCUAUAAUAUCUGAUUCAGGUAUUGAAAGCGAACCAAGUUCAGUGGCGUGGUCUGAUGCUCGUAGCCGGGCACUGGAGCUGCCCAGCGAUCGAGAGAUCCUGCACCACUUGGUACGAAGGCAUGCCAUCCACCGAAAUUCCCUGGAGGGUGGCCACACAGAAAGCAAUACCAGCUUGCCCAGUGGGAUCCAAGCGUCACUCACAUCCAUCAGCUCUUUGCCCUUUGAGGAAGAGGAGAGGGAAGUGGAGCUUACCAAACUGACAAAAUCUGUCUCAGCUCCUCAGAUCAGUAGCCCAGAAGAGCCUGCAGAGGAGGUAGAUAUAGCCAAACACAGUGAAGCAACCUCAGGAGAUUCAGGAGGAAACUUAAGAAGUUGCAUGGAAACAGAACGUGGAGAUGGAAAAUUAAUCGUGGACUUUUCCAAGUGUCAAAUCACCACCGUAAGUGGACAACUAGAACUAAGAGGACGUCCCAAACCCUCCAUCAAACACAGUAGCAUUAACACUGAGUUACAAGGGGAAGAGGAGAAGGAAGGUUUUCCAGAGACUUACUGUAGUUUGGAAAAUGCAAGACCACCCAUUUGUCCAAAGCAGCUCCCAGAUAAUGUCUCUGAGUGCCAGUCACUGGAGAGCAAUGGUGAGUGCAGCUUAAAAGCACCAAGGGCUUAUAAUUACUUGGACAAAAAUAUACGUGACUUUGAUACGUGCAUUGAGGAGCCAAAGAAUAAACUUAAGCCAGACAGUUUAAAAAUACAACAAGGCUUUUACUCCAGUAGCAGAAUUUCAGAAGAGGAGAGUUUCUCACAAAGCAUAAAGCUGGUACCAGAUUUUUGCUAUCCUGUUCCAGCUCCUUCAGAGACCUCAACUGAAUUUGGCUCAACGCAAGGAGAGUGUGGUAGCUCUCUUGCUGAUGAGAGCCCAGCAGUGUAUGCAGAAAUGCAAGGGUUACAAGAAAUUGAGCUUAACGACUCACCUGCCUCAGCAGAGCCUGCUGCAGGAUCCUACCGGGCUGAGUAUCCUCAGGAAAUCGACAGCCAAGAGCAUAAACUUGUAGCUAACGGUACCGGGUUUCAUUUGGCGACGACGGAGGGAGUAGCCCUGGAAAGCAGAAAGGCUGUUGAUGUGGUUAAUCUGUCCGUCUCUUGCACAGCCACGUGUCUUCCCUUUUCUUCUGUGCUCAAAGAGACCCCUGCUAUGGUCGGCUUCUCUGCAAAGCAGGCUGCGUUCCCCAUCACACGCCAGCCUCUGGGCUCUUUCGGAGUUGUCUCUUCUAAUUCAAAUGAGAUGGAAGAAGAGACCAAUGAAAGGAUGCUGAAUUUUUAUCAGGCCAAAGAAAAAUUUAAAAAAGAACUGAAGAUUGAAGGAUUUCUGUACAGUGACUUAUCUGUACUAGCUUCUGAUAUCCCAUAUUUUCCACCAGAGGAAGAGGAGGAAAAUGUGGAAGAUGGAAUUCACCUGGUUGUCUGUGUUCAUGGACUGGAUGGUAACAGUGCAGAUCUGCGGCUGGUAAAGACUUUUAUAGAACUGGGACUCCCUGGUGGAAAACUGGACUUCCUAAUGUCUGAAAGAAAUCAGACUGAUACUUUUGCUGAUUUUGAUACAAUGACUGACCGUUUAUUGGAUGAAAUUAUUCAGCAUAUCCAGUUGUACAACCUCUCCAUAUCCCGAAUAAGUUUCAUUGGACAUUCCCUUGGUAACGUCAUCAUUCGAUCUGUACUAACUCGUCCCAGGUUUCGCUAUUACCUCAACAAGCUACACACCUUCUUGUCCCUCUCUGGGCCUCAUCUGGGAACCCUUUACAACAACAGUACUUUGGUUAGUACAGGUCUAUGGCUCAUGCAGAAGUUGAAAAAGUCAGGGUCACUUUUGCAACUGACCUUCAGGGACAAUGCAGAUCUGCGCAAGUGUUUCCUCUAUCAGCUCAGCCAAAAAACGGGUCUUCAGUACUUUAAAAAUGUUGUGUUAGUGGCCUCACCCCAAGACAGAUAUGUACCCUUUCAUUCAGCAAGAAUAGAAAUGUGCAAAAAUGCACUUAAGGACAGACACACAGGUCCUGUUUAUGCAGAAAUGAUUAACAACCUGCUCCAGCCUUUGAUUGGGGCGAAGGAUUGCACUUUGAUCAGACACAACGUGUUCCAUGCUCUGCCAAACACCGCCAACACAUUGAUAGGCCGGGCUGCCCACAUUGCUGUGCUGGACUCUGAACUUUUCCUGGAGAAGUUUUUCCUUGUGGCAGGACUCAACUACUUCAAAUAG